UCUAAAUUAAAUUUUUGAUUUUUUGUCUGAGUAUCUUAUCUGCAAAGCGGUUAUCAGGCACAGUCAGAUAACCUCUUAGAUUAUUAGUUAUCCUUUGCUUCAAUACCUCUUGCGAAAUGAUUCUAUCUUCAAUCUCCGAUUUAACCCGGUUUCAAAUAAAGCUAAUUUCUUACUCUGUCCCCUGUCCGAUCUUCCUAUCUCUUAAGAAAAACCCGAUUCUGUACAAAAUUCGGGAUAAAUCACAACAUUCGAACCGAAUUCUUUUCAUUGUCUUGGCCUCCUUCAGUAUUUUCCUUUCAUCCAGUGCAACGUAUCAUUUAACCCGGCCAAAUUUGGAUACCGUGACGAAAGCGUCUAUCAUAUUUUUCGGGGCAAUUGUGCCCAUCGCGAUAUCAAUGACGGUGUCAAUUCUUCACGUCAAUGCGGAAAAUUGUGUCACUAUGCUGAACUUUAUAUUAAUUUAUGAACAAGUCGUCUUCCGGACAAGGGGAUCCGGGCAGAUUCGGAUUUAUCAAAAUAUAAUGAAAGGAAUCGUGACCCUGCUAGCAUUACCGGGGACAAUUCUGGGUCCGGUUUUUCUCACGCUAAUAAAUAUUUUGGAACCUGGGCGAGCCCCGUUUAUUGGUUCGGCCAUUCAGCCUGAUAUGAUGAAUUGCUGUGAAUGAAAGGAUUUUUCACUCCUUGUAAUUUGUACCCUAUGCUCAAUACAAGGGGUGAAGAAAGAAAUCAAGCCAGAUGAAGUGAAAUGAAUUUGAACGAAAAUGAUUGAAUUUGAAUGAAGAU